AUGGAUGCUACUGCGAGGAGGGGUCAUAUUGAGCGGGAAGACACCGUAGCGGUUGGUGCUAUGAUUCGUGCCCUCAGCCCAGCCAUCUUCCCAAGAAUAGCUAAAAUUGAAAACCAACUUGAGUCGCUGUUCCAAGGACUCAUCACGCUCCGCAACCUCUCUCAAAAGAGGUGGAAGGAGCAGGAACAUUGGUCCGAUAACAGUCGAUCCCACUCCGACGCCCGCGCGCUGGCUGUACCGGCCGUGGCUGAAGGAUUGACGCUGCUUGAGGGCCCGCUGAGGGUUGACGUUCCAUUGCCGCCGACGUUGGUGGGAGGACCUUGGAGGGUGGUUUUACCAACCUUCUUCAAAUGGGCAGAGUGGGACGCCGAGCUGGCACCACCACCCGUGGCUGAGGCAGAGGAGAUCCCAGCGGCAAGCCUGCAGCACACCGCCAGCGCCUCCAGCACCACCAGCACCACUAGCACCGCCAGCACCACCAGCACCGGCAACACCGGCAACACCGGCAACGCCGGCAACGCCGGCAGCACCAGCAACACCGGCAGCACCAGCAGCACCGAGUCCAGCGCCAGCUCCAGUGGUAGUACCAGUAGCGAAUGCAGCCAUAACGCCAUUUCCAGCACCAGCACCAGCACCGGCACCAGCACCAGCACCAGCACCAGCACCAGCACCAGCACCAGCACCAGCACCAGCACCAGCACCAGCACCAGCACCAGCACCAGCACCAGCACCAGCACCAGCACCAGCACCAGCACCAGCACCAGUGGAAAAGGCAGCGGUAAAUACAUGUCCAGUUCCAGCACUUGUAGCUCCAGCUGUUCCAGUGGCACCGGUAGCACCGGCGGUACCGGUAGCACCAGCAGCACCAGCAGCACCAGCAGCACCAGCAGCACCAGCAGCACCAGCAGCACCAGCAGCACCAGCGGCACCAGCAGCGCCAAAUCCAGCAAGAGCCCCAGUUGCUACUGCAAUUUUGAGAAUUGGCAUUUGAGGCUCCACCGGCAGGAGAAGGUGAGGUACUGGCUGCAGAGGCAGAAGCACUUGCAGAAGCAGAUUGGCUUGCAGAUGCAGAGGCACUUGCAGAAGCAGAUUGGCUUGCAGAUGCAGAGGCGCUUGCAGAAGCAGAAGCACUUGCAGAAGCGGAUUGGCUUGCAGAAGCAGAGGCACUUGCAGAGGCAGAGGCACUCGCAGAAGCAGAAGCACUUGCAGAAGCAGAUUGGCUUGCAGAAGCAGAAGCACUUGCAGAAGCGGAUUGGCUUGCGGAGGCAGAAGCACUUGCAGAAGCGGAUUGGCUUGCAGAAGCAGAUUGGCUUGCAGAAGCAGAAGCACUUGCAGAAGCAGAUUGGCUUGCAGAAGCGGAUUGGCUUGCAGAGGCAGAGGCGCUUGCAGAAGCAGAUUGGCUUGCGGAGGCAGAUUGGCUUGCAGAAGCGGAUUGGCUUGCAGAAGCAGAUUGGCUUGCAGAAGCAGAAGCACUUGCAGAAGCAGAUUGGCUUGCAGAUGCAGAGGCACUUGCAGAUGCAGAGGCACUUGCAGAUGCAGAGGCACUUGCAGAGGCAGAUUGGCUUGCAGAAGCAGAAGCACUUGCAGAAGCGGAUUGGCUUGCGGAGGCAGAAGCACUUGCAGAAGCGGAUUGGCUUGCAGAAGCAGAUUGGCUUGCAGAAGCAGAAGCACUUGCAGAAGCAGAUUGGCUUGCAGAAGCGGAUUGGCUUGCAGAGGCAGAGGCGCUUGCAGAAGCAGAUUGGCUUGCGGAGGCAGAUUGGCUUGCAGAAGCGGAUUGGCUUGCAGAAGCAGAUUGGCUUGCAGAAGCAGAAGCACUUGCAGAAGCAGAUUGGCUUGCAGAUGCAGAGGCACUUGCAGAUGCAGAGGCACUUGCAGAUGCAGAGGCACUUGCAGAUGCAGAGGCACUUGCAGAUGCAGAGGCACUUGCAGAUGCAGAGGCACUUGCAGAGGCAGAUUGGCUUGCAGAAGCAGAAGCACUUGCAGAAGCGGAUUGGCUUGCGGAGGCAGAAGCACUUGCAGAAGCGGAUUGGCUUGCAGAAGCAGAUUGGCUUGCAGAAGCAGAAGCACUUGCAGAAGCAGAUUGGCUUGCAGAUGCAGAGGCACUUGCAGAUGCAGAGGCACUUGCAGAUGCAGAGGCACUUGCAGAGGCAGAGGCACUUGCAGAGGCAGAUUGGCUUGCAGAAGCAGAAGCACUUGCAGAAGCGGAUUGGCUUGCGGAGGCAGAAGCACUUGCAGAAGCGGAUUGGCUUGCAGAAGCAGAUUGGCUUGCAGAAGCAGAAGCACUUGCAGAAGCAGAUUGGCUUGCAGAUGCAGAGGCACUUGCAGAUGCAGAGGCACUUGCAGAUGCAGAGGCACUUGCAGAUGCAGAGGCACUUGCAGAUGCAGAGGCACUUGCAGAGGCAGAGGCACUUGCAGAAGCAGAUUGGCUUGCAGAUGCAGAGGCACUUGCAGAUGCAGAGGCACUUGCAGAUGCAGAGGCACUUGCAGAGGCAGAGGCACUUGCAGAAGCAGAUUGGCUUGCAGAGGCAGAUUGGCUUGCAGAAGCAGAAGCACUUGCAGAAGCGGAUUGGCUUGCGGAGGCAGAAGCACUUGCAGAAGCGGAUUGGCUUGCAGAAGCAGAUUGGCUUGCAGAAGCAGAAGCACUUGCAGAAGCGGAUUGGCUUGCAGAGGCAGAAGCACUUGCAGAAGCAGAUUGGCUUGCAGAUGCAGAGGCACUUGCAGAUGCAGAGGCACUUGCAGAUGCAGAGGCACUUGCAGAUGCAGAGGCACUUGCAGAGGCAGAGGCACUUGCAGAAGCAGAUUGGCUUGCAGAAGCAGAAGCACUUGCAGAAGCGGAUUGGCUUGCAGAAGCAGAGGCACUCGCAGAGGCAGAGGCAGAGGCACUUGCAGAAGCGGAUUGGCUUGCAGAAGCAGAAGCAGGCUGGGUGCUCGAUGAUGAACCAAGCGAACUUUGAGAAGGAAGAGCGGAGGAGGUUGUGCCCAGCGAGGAAGUUGACGGGGUAGACAGAGUGGCCGUCUGAGAAUCUAUCGUCGAUGACGAUACUUCGAAGGAGGUUGAAGAAGGAGAGAUUAUCGUCGAAGAUAGGAUGGUAGCCGUUGAUACGGAAGUUUGGGUCGAAGUUAUCGAAUUGGGAGAUGUUAAUGUAACAGUGGAAGUUGGAUCAGCAGAUCCUGUGGAAGAAGCUGUGAAAGAGGUACUAUUGGGAGAUUCGGAAGGAGUAUUUUGGCUAUUACUGGUGGUCGAAGUGCUUGUUGAAGUGACGGUCGCGAAGGUGGUUGUAAUCGAAGUAGACGGAGUUGGCUCGGUGGUGGUAGUAGUGGAAGUGGAGGGAGUCGGCUCGGCAGUAGUAGUGGUAGUAGUGGUAGUU